AGUGCCCUCUAAGAAAAACAAUCAAAUUUAGAGGAGACAAAAUCCCCCAAUAUUCCCAAGAAAUAGUCGCAAAUCAGAACACAAACACAUUCAAUAAAGUGCAUUAUUAUUCAAAGACAAAAAUGAGCUGUGAAGACGAAGUCAUGAAGAUCGGAAAGAAGUUGGAAAAGAUGAUUUCCAACAACAGUGCCGACCACGGUGGGGCAGAUGAUUUGUUAAAUAGAUUGAAAGACAUUCCUAUGACUCUCACUGUAUUGCAGAAAACUAGAAUUGGAAUGACAGUUAACAACUUUAGAAAAGCUGCAUCAAAGGAUGAGAUAGUGGUACUUUCAAAGACUUUAAUCAAGAGUUGGAAAAAACUUUUGUCCACGGAUUCCACACCAUCAAAACCAGAGAAAAGGGAAAAAGAAAAGGAGAAAUCUUCAGGAUCCCCUGAUCAGUCCGACAAUAACUCGGAAAUGUCAGAGGCCAUGGACAGUCAGAGCAGCCAAGGGAAAACACUGAUGAGACAGGACUCUGAGGCAUCCAUAACUAAUGAUCCAGUUAGGCUCAAGUGUAGAGAGCUUCUGGCUGCUGCACUUAAACUGGACGAUGAUACUCAUAUUCCCAAUGCACAGAGCCCCUUAGAACUUGGAGGAAAGAUUGAAGACGUCAUAUAUUUAGAAUUUAAGAAUACAGAACAGAAAUACAAAGCUCGGAUCAGAAGCCGUGUUGCCAACUUGAAAGACAAGAAAAAUCCCAAACUGAAAGAAAGAGUUAUAAUGGGGUUGAUACCUCCUGAGAGCAUUGCAGUAAUGACAGCUGAUGAAAUGGCAAGUGAUGAAAUGAAACAGCUAAGAGCCAAAUUCACCAAGGAGUCCAUUGAUGACCAUCAGAUGGCCAAACAAGAGGGCACUGUCACAGAUCUGUUCAAAUGUGGAAAGUGUGGCAAGAAGAACUGUACAUACAAUCAGCUACAAACAAGAAGCUCUGAUGAACCUAUGACAACAUUUGUUUUCUGUAUGGAGUGUGGUAAUAGAUGGAAGUUUUGUUAACAUGAAGAUGUGUAAGCUUGUCAUAUUUGGAAGGACUGUUGGAGAUUCAAGGUAUUAAAGACAGCAGAAAACAGACAUUGUAAUCUGGGAUUAUUUAAGCCACUCUGCUACAGAUUCAGAAUGGUCCAACCUUCAUUUUCAUCUGUAAAAUAAUCAUACACAUUCACCAUUUUGUACAGGUUUUCUAUUCCCUUGGUUUUCAUGUCAUGCAUUAUAAUUUUUCUCAUGUAGAUUCUCAUUUUCUAUAUACAUAUGCUUGUUGAAGUUCAUGGUAACUUGUCUCUGUGUGAUAAAUGGUCAUUUUUAACAUUUUGGUUGCAAGAGUGCUAUAUUGCAUUAAAAAAAAUAAGAGUUUUGAACUGUACAUAGUUGAUUUUUAAUAUUUACUUUCUUUUGGUAGAUUAUAUUGUUAAAGUAUUAAGGUGUUUUGAAGAAGGUUGAAAGAACUUAUAUAUGGCUGUUGAAUUCUGACUGUAUCAGAAACUGAUAAUCAAAUUAUCAGAAUUCUGAUAUUCAAAUAUUUCUCAUUUAGAAGUAUGUUAUCCAAAAUCAGUAAUAAUUGUCAAAAAAUUCACAUCAAGAAUAGAGAAUAUACUCAUUUUAUUCAAUUUUGUAAAGAAAUCACCUCUGAAAGCUACAUGUACUUUGUGUAUCAUAAAGGAACUUUAAAAAAAUACUAAUCCUGGUAAAAAUUGGGUUUAAAAAGAUGUCUGAUAUUUCGGGGGAAGGGAUGGAUAACUGUUAAAUAGCAGAUUUUCACUUACUUGACAUUGGUUCCAUUUCAUCAGAGGUUCUGCUAUUUUAUAUUGCUUAUAUAAAGAUUCAUACUACAUGGUGUGAACAGAGACUUAUAAUGUUGCUAAAUGUCCUUUUUGUUAAGAUUAUUUACCCUGUACAAACAGUGGAAUGUACACUUAAUUUAUAAUAAUGUUACCAGAUGACUUGUUAUCAAUAAAGAAGUGUCAAUAUGAAUACAA